GAGCCCAGGGCCAGCGCGCUUCCGAAGCCCGCUACCGAGUGGAAUCUCGCCCGGCCAGCAGGCUUCAUGGCGGUGAGGCUGGUGUCUCGGAUGCUGCAGCGGGUGCUGAGGUCCAGCGUCCGGAGCUGCAGCUCUGGGGCUCCAGUGACGCAGCACCGCCCCGGGGAGCCCUCCCAAACUGCUGCGGAGGAGCUGUCCAGGCAGAGACAGUUCCUGCGGGAGCACACGGCCCCCUUCUCCGCCUUCCUCACCGACAGCUUCGGGCGGCAACACAGCUACCUGCGGAUCUCGCUCACCGAGAAGUGCAACCUCAGAUGUCAGUACUGCAUGCCCGAGGAGGGCAUCCCACUGACCCCCAAGGCCGACCUGCUCACCACAGAGGAGAUCCUGACCCUUGCACGGCUCUUUGUGAAGGAAGGUAUAGACAAGAUCCGGCUUACGGGGGGAGAGCCGCUCAUCCGGCCGGACGUGGUGGACAUUGUGGCUCAGCUCCACCAGCUGGAGGGGCUGAGGACCAUUGGCAUCACCACCAACGGCAUCAACCUAGCCCGGCUGCUCCCUCAGCUUCAGAAGGCUGGUCUCAGUGCCAUCAACAUCAGCCUGGAUACACUGGUGCCGGCCAAAUUUGAGUUCAUCGUUCGCAGGAAAGGCUUCCAGAAGGUAAUGGCGGGCAUCCACAAGGCCAUCGAGCUGGGCUACAGCCCUGUGAAGGUGAACUGUGUGGUGAUGCGAGGCCUGAAUGAGGACGAGCUCCUGGACUUCGUGGCUUUGACCGAGGGCCUCCCUCUGGACGUGCGCUUCAUAGAGUACAUGCCCUUCGAUGGUAACAGGUGGAACUUCAAGAAGAUGGUGAGCUACAAGGAGAUGCUGAAUACCCUCCAGCAGCAGUGGCCAGAGCUGGAGAAGCUGCCUGAGGAGGAAUCCAGCACAGCCAAGGCCUUUAAAAUCCCUGGCUUCCGAGGCCAGCUCAGCUUCAUCACGUCCAUGUCUGAGCAUUUCUGCGGAACCUGUAACCGACUGCGAAUCACGGCUGAUGGGAACCUCAAGGUCUGCCUCUUCGGGAACUCAGAGGUGUCUCUACGGGAUCACCUGCGGGCAGGGGCCUCUGAGGAGGAGCUGCUGAGGAUCAUUGGGGCCGCUGUGGGCAGGAAGAAGCGGCAGCAUGCAGGCAUGUUCAGUAUUGCCCAGAUGAAGAACCGGCCCAUGAUCCUCAUCGAGUUACUUUUGAUGCUCCACGAUUCCCCACCAGCCAUUCCAAGCAUUUCCUCCCAGGACCCCUUUCGUGUUCAGGGUAUAAGACACAGAGGGAGUUUCUCCAACCAGAUGAUGAUUUUGUGGAAAGGAGGCUGGGUUCCUCAGACCCCUCUCCUUGCCCAGCGGUGGCUGGGGUCCAGCUGCCCUCAAAGACACUACAGUUCCCACCUUAACUCAGAUGCCAACCCAAAGUGCCUUAGUGCAGUGUCCCAGGCUCCUGGUACCCCCUCAGGACCCCUGCCAACCUCGGACCAACUAACCCAUGUGGACACAACAGGACGGGCGGCUAUGGUAGAUGUGGGCGGGAAGCCAGACACGGAGCGGGUGGCUGUGGCCUCAGCCAUGGUCCUCCUGGGGCCCGUGGCCUUCAAGCUCAUCCAGGAGAACCAGCUCAAGAAGGGUGAUGCCCUGGUGGUGGCCCAGCUGGCCGGAGUCCAGGCGGCCAAGCUGACCAGCCAGCUGAUUCCUCUGUGCCACCACGUGGCCCUGAGCCACGUGCAGGUAGGGCUGGAGCUGGAUGGCACAUGCCAUGCGGUGGGCAUCCGGGCAUCCUGCCGGGCUCGGGGCCCCACCGGGGUGGAGAUGGAAGCCCUGACCGCCGCUGCCGUGGCCGCCCUCACUGUGUACGACAUGUGCAAGGCUGUCAGCAGAGACAUCGUGUUGGGGGAGAUCAAGCUCCUGAGCAAGACCGGGGGUCAGCGGGGGGACUUCCAGCGGACUUAG